CUGAUAUUCCUCCCAAGGAUGGUCUUCCUGCUCCAGCGCGUUUUCCUCUACCACACCGUCCUUGAAUCAUCCUGCAUCACAUAUUGCACGAUGCACGAUGCAUCUGGGAUCACUUCUGAGUGCAGAAUACCGUUCCAUGUACAUCUCUACCAGGACAACGAGUAUCGUGUCUUGUUGCUCGUGUCUACAAUGAAAAGUAGGCGCUCUGGCAGGCGUGGAAACCAGGGACAAUUCAAGUUUUCUCUAAAUCGAGUUCGUAAUCUUUCUGGCAAUCACGAUGGAGGUGGGGACAGCUCCGAUGUUCCUUUGCAAACCAUCACCAUCGCACAGCAGAGCAGUGAGCCUCAUGUGGCUACUAUGCCUUCCGCAACGUCUAUGGCUGGCGGACUUGACGUUGCUAGGCCUUCAACCUCUCGAGCGGUAGAAGAGUCCUCAGUGAAGGACAUAGACUGGCAGACUAUCGAGACGAAGUCGGAAGGCAGUGAUGCUUCUGUUGGGCAAUCCAACGAGUCUAUCUCUGAGGGGUCAGGGGGGGACGCCGCACCUGAGUCCAUAUCCACUGCUGAUGAGGCAGAGGGUGAAGAUGAUACUAACUCCGGAGAGACAAUCGAGGACUCUGAAGACCUCCCGAGAGAUCCGUGGGCAAAAUGUGCCAAAGCGGUGUGGGAAUACGAGGCAUCUGUUGUCGCGCAAUGGAAGGAAGACAUCAACAAUCUGCUCAUAUUUUCUGGGCUUUCCUCUGCGGUGUUAACCGGAUUCAUCGUUCCACUGUACGUCAUGCUCGCGGCAACUCAAGCCCUAAUAUCUAUGUCAGCCCAUUUGAGCAUCGUUGCUGCUGACUCCGGACACACUACCAUAGCCAACUGGCUGUUAUCCCUAUCCGCCGAUACGACUUCAUCUUCCGGACCAUCCGCCACCAUCGUCGCUGUUUGUGUUCUGUGGUUCAUUGCCCUUCUACUCAGUAUAGGUGCCGCAUCGCUGGCGAUUUCCAUCAUCCAAUGGCUUCACCACCACACUACAACGACGUCAAAGACUCCCCGCCAAAGUGUACGUGUCUGGUACUUCCGGCGCACUGGCCUGAGUUCCUGGGGCGUUGAGCAAGCAAUUACUAUCUUACCACUGCUACUCCAACUUUCGCUCCUCAUGUUCCUCGUGGGCCUUGCAGCUCUCCUCUGGACCCUUAGCACCCCUGUUGCGGCUGUGACCUUGGUGCUUGUUGUCCUACUAUUAUUGCCGACUAUUGCUACCCCCAUUCUGCCAUCACUAUUCCCCCAUUGCCCUUAUAAGUCAAGUCAGGCUUGCCGCUGGUUCGAGGAGUCUCGUUGGAACUCCAUCCCCAAACCAAGAGGUGGCCCAUCAGAAUAUGUUGUACGGAUGGUAUGGAAUCUAUGGAGCUCAGCUGGGAAGUGGAAAAUAUUCCGAGAUCUUCCGCCUCUUGGAGGCUGGAUCGCUCUCGAUAGCUUUUGCAUGCAGACCUUAAAAGAGCCUAGGCAAGCAAGGCUCAAGAUGCUCGUGGAGGCGGAUGCAAGAGUCAUGGACGAGGGCUUUCUCGCAACUGUCGUCGAGCCCUGCCUCAAAGAAGCCAAGGUGUCGGAAGCUCUACCUGCUUUCUACGAUAUUCUGGCGCAAAGGGCACAUGAUCGCGACCAUGACGAGAAUCAGCCACUCCGCUGGUACCAUGAAGAGCAAGAUGGCCGAAGCAUUGUCAUUUUAGGCCGUGUGGCUGCGGAUAUGUUCGAUCGCAUUCCUGACAACAUGGAUAAUGCCCUGGACCAUUGUAUUCACAUCCUCCAGAUUCUAGGCAGCCUCCUAUUUGCCACCCCUGCGGCAGAGGAGGAAGUGCGCGACAAAUUGGCCUUUAUGUGGUCCGACGGAAAGUUGACAUCAGAUCCAUGCUUACAUGACCAUUUGGGAUGGCUGGUUGCAUUCGGUGAAGUCUAUGUCGACGACCUCAGUACAGUGCUUGACCGCCUAUCGACUGCCCAUACGAAUUUAAGCACUCAGAGAUACCUGCAGUUCUCUGCCUCCGCCUUGAAGCGGGCCGCAGAUGUGCUCCCAGAUAUCCGUGAUUCCACGCAUCGCGUUCUGAAGGACAUAGCCGCAUACUUCGGGUCGGCCGAAGGCAGCACCAUGGCUCAGGAUAUCACCAGCGGUGAUGAUUGGUACUGGUUCCUUCAGCUGUUACACGGGUAUCAUGCACUACUCGAAGCCGAUGCAACAUUACUCUCUAAGGACUUGAAUGCCGCGCUGACAACGUGCAUCACGAAGUGUCCUAAUAACGAUGAAUACAAAGAUGACAUACAGCGAUGCAUGCAGACAAUUCAAAACAUGAUCAGUAUUCAGCCAACGGACGGUACAGUGCCGGCGGUUCAGCCUGCUGGACUUGAUGCGACUACAGAACCCACACAAGACAUCUCCGCAACUACUUUCAGCUAA